ACUCCUGAGAGAGAGCGCAAGAGAGGACAAAAGUGAAGUAGUUCUCCUCAGAGAGGGACAGCCUUAACCGGGACCUAAUACUUUUGUACUUUAUUUUUAUUUUAUUUUUUAUUUCACCACAGUUAAUCAUAAGGGAUGCAUGAUUUCUUUCCUUAAAGUGAGCCCGGACGCAUCAGUUUUGCACGCUGCCCUCAUUUCGAAGAGUGUUUCAUGGAAGUAACGGUGCAGAAUACGAGGACGACGUUUAUGAGCAAAACUGCCUUUCUUGCUUUUCCCAAACUUGGAGUCGUAGUGGAUUCCUUUUUAACAACCUCAUUUGGAGAGAGAUUUGGAUUAAGUGCGCAAAACCAAAGUUUGUGUGUGGAAUAAAAAAGGAAGGAUGCUGCUGCUUGUACGAUGGAAGUGAAGAACUUUUUUGCUUUUGCGGCGGUGGUUGGUCUCCUUUUUAGCGUCGUUGUGAGCCAGCAACUGAAUCCCAAAGGCAGAAAUGUAUGCAAAGCAGCAGGAUCUCCAGGGCUGGUGUGCUGCAGCGGAUGGGCUCAACGAGGGGAUGAUUGCCUCACACCUCUCUGUGAAGGCAACUUCACCUGCAAGGAAAACGAGGUGUGCGUCAGGCCUAACGAAUGCCGCUGUCGCCAUGGAUAUUUUGGAGCGAGCUGUGACACAAAGUGUCCCGCCCAGUUUUGGGGUCCAGACUGCAAGGGUAAAUGUAACUGUCACCCAAACGGCAAGUGUGAUGACUUGACUGGAAAGUGCACGUGCAACCACAAUCGCUGGGGGCCCAACUGCGAGAACUCAUGCAUGUGCCAAAAGGGCAAAUGCGACCAAGACACGGGCUUCUGCACGUGUCACCCGGGAGUCUGGGGCCCUCAGUGCAACAAUAACUGCUACUGCAGCGUCAAUUCAGUGUGCGACCCGAUGACGGGGCGCUGCCUGUGCAGCCCCGGCUGGACGGGGCGGAACUGCGCCAUCCAGUGUAAUUGCAACAACUCGCCGUGCGACCAGUUCACGCAGCGCUGCCAGUGCCGAGAGAGGAUGUGGGGCCCCAGGUGUGACCGAUAUUGCCAGUGUGUCCACGGAAAGUGCAGCCUGACGGAUGGCUCGUGUACCUGCACGCCGGGCUACCGUGGGAAGUUUUGCAGAGAGCCUUGUCCUGCUGGUUUCUACGGGCAAAACUGCAGGAACAAGUGCGGCCACUGCAAAGGCCAGCAGCCGUGUAAGGUGACGGAGGGAAGCUGUGUCACGUGCGACAGAGGCUGGAACGGAACGCGGUGUGACCAGCUCUGCUCCAAAGGCUUCUUUGGCGAAAACUGCCAGGAAGUGUGUCCCACCUGUAAGGACGGCCAUCAUUGUGACCCCAUUCAGGGCAAGUGCUCGCACUGUAACCCCGGCUGGAUUGGGGACAGGUGUGAGGUGCGCUGCCCCAACGGCACGUACGGCGAGAAUUGUGAGAACAACUGCAGUCACUGCUUCAACGGCAACUGUCAUGUCGUCACCGGAGAGUGCCUGUGUGACCAAGGAUUUUACGGGACCUACUGCAAUAUGACCUGUCAACCUGGAAAAUACGGAGUGAACUGCAACCAAACCUGCUCUUGCCAUGACAAGAACUGCGACCCCGUGUCUGGUGCCUGCUAUCUUCAGCCAAACCAGCGGAUGGGUGUGAUUGCGGCCGGAACGCUCGUCUCCUUUUUGGUGAUCGUCCUUCUCGCUCUGCUGUGCUGCUGCUGCCUCUGUCGGCACAAAGACGACCACAAAUCUAACCCAGACAACUCUUCCAACAGCAAAAAAGCCAAGCGGAUUCUGUGCGGACGAUUUAGCCGAAUCAGCACUAAACUUCCCCGUAUUCCACUGAGGAGACAGAAACUGCCAAAAGUAGUUGUAGCCCACCACGACCCCGAGCACAACUUCAACUGCAGUUUCAUCGAGCCCCCAUCGGUGGCCGAGCAGCCCUCCCCUCCCUCCUGGUCCUCCCAGGAGUCCUUCUCCUCCUUCGAGAGUGGCGACGAGGGCCCAGUUUACUGCGUGCCCAAUGAAGAGUCUGUGAAUGAAAGCAAGGAGAAGCGCAGCCACAGUCCAGAAACUGAGAAGCCAGAAGCUGCUCCCACUGUUGAGGAUGCAGGAGAGUACACCUCCCUUAAGGAUACCAGUGUCGUUAAACCGGAGGGCGGUGAUCAACCUGUGUUGAAGUCCUCGGACAGUGAAGGCUCUACCAGCGGUUCAGAGUACGCAGCUGCAACCCUCUACGCCCGAAUUGCCCGUCUCUCCAAGCAGUCCAAGGAGGAGGAAAAUAUUGGCAAAGAUGGGGACUUACCAAACCCAGAGUAUAAGCGUAACGGAAAACCACCACCGUCACCUGGUAAACCCAAGCCACGGCCACCAGACCCCUCAACCAAGCCAAAGGUAUCGUGGAUCCACGGAAGCACUCCCCAGCCAGAACAGCAAGGGCAGGCUGGGAUUAAAGCCCUCACCGUUCCGAAAGAGAAAAAGAGGAGCCCCAGUGACGUCUCAGCCAAGAGUGAGAAGAGCAGUGAUCAGCAGAGAAAGCACGACGGUGACACACAUGGCUCACCCAAUAAACACAAACCUCUUCGAGGCAAGAAGUCUGGGGAUGAGCACAGCAGUCCCAGUCACAUGGAGCACAUCAAUGGUGUGGUUCAGAGCGCCCUCAGGAAGAUUAGUAACUUCCACACCACUACGUCUGAGAAGAAGAGUACUGAUACUUCAAAAGAGACCCACAAGGAUCCCCCUAAGAGCCCCAAGGUCAUCCAUCCCCACAUGAACUCUGAGGCCGCCACCCUCCUAGCUGCUCAGCUCAAGGAGAAAACCCAAAGCAUCAACAGGAACGAGGGGACGGGCCUGACGAAGACCAACGGACUAUCAACACCCAAGGGAACCCGGGAGAGGCCCACACCUCCGCAGAAAGCCAAAAGGACCCCGUCCACAGGCUUGAGCCAGCAGGGAUCCACUAAGCCACUGCUGCCCACCUCCAACAGCCUCCAGAAGAUGGUGGCGCCCAUCACCACUGACCACGGGACCCCUGAAGCCAAGAGCCCGGAAAAGCAGGACUUGAACGGCUCAAGGGCGGGGGAUCCGGUGGCCGAUGCUACACCGAAGAAGACUCCCAUUAAAAAGCCACCGAGGAAGAAAGGCAAGGAGGCUACUUUGGAUACGCCAGAGAGCAAAACACCCCAGCAAAAGACAGCCAUCAUGCCACCCCAGAUGGUCAAGUAAGUGUGUUUAUUUCACAAAUUUGCUGCAUUUGUAUGCAAAGAGACUAAAAAUGUAUUCGUUGGAAACUGACACAAGUCUGCAGUGACACCAGGGCCUACGAACGUGUGAUGAAUGUUUUUUAACCAAAGAUCAUCAUAUCAUAUCUAUAUGCAUUCCACCAUCUGUAUUUGUUUCAAAACACAAUCUGUGGCCAAUGCUUCAUUCAAGAAAACUGGGAAGUUGGAUACAUGCCAGUUGGAGCUUCGCGGUCUGAUCUCAUUCCUUACAAAAAAAUUUAAAUUAAAAUAAAGUUGCCAACUGUGAUGAAAAAAAAAAUGUUUGCGAAGAGACAGUCAAUAGUUCAGGCAAGAAAUCAAAACUUCUUAAAAAGAUUAUCUUGCAUUGUGUCUACUAUUGGGCAUUUGGAUUUCAAUUUCCUUGACUAUAGGGAACACAAACAAUCUAUGAAUCAAAUAAUUAUUUUUAAAGAUGGUGUUUAUUGGGGUGGAAUAAUCUCUCUCUUUAAUUUUUUUGAAUGCCAGUUCAAUGUUUUAAUGCCAGUAAGAAUAAUAUUGCUGGAAGAGUUUCCAUGGGAUGGAUGUUGCUCUGAACUAACAGCAAUCACCUCUGCUGGUUUAGGUCACACAGUGCAGUCUGUUUCUGUCGUCCAUCCAUCCAUUUUCUGAGCCGCUUCUCCAUGCUGGAGCCAAUCCCAGCUAUCAUCGGGCACGAGGCAGGGUACACCCUGAACUGGUUGCCAGGCAAUCGGAGGGCACACAUAAACAAACAACCAUUCUCACUCACAUUCACACCUAGGGGCAAUUUGGAGACUUCAAUUAACCUACCAUGCAUGUUUUUGGGAUGUGGGAGGAAACCGGCGUGACCAGAGAAAACCCACUCAGGCACGGGGAGAACAUGCAAACUCCACACAGGCGGGGCCAGGGAUUGAACCCCGGUCCUCAGAACUGUGAGCCAGACGCUCUAACCAGUCGUUUACCGUGCCGCUGUUUCUGUCGUUUCACUCAAAAUGAAACAACUUCCAUGCGGGUAUAAAACGACAAUACCUAGUCAGAAUACAUACAUUCCCCUAACUCGUGACAAACCUGUUGCACUUUUCCUGGUCAGAAGUUGGAAAUUUGCGACUUCCCAGUUUUCUAGAAUGCAACAUUAGUCAAACCAGCAGCUCUGCAGUGUAUCAUUCUGUUUAUAAAUACUCUUCACAGGUACUAAACAUACUGGUUCCUCUGAAGAUGACAAGCUAUUUUUCUCACAUUUCUGUGGACCAGCAUGCAUGAUAGAAAAAACAUUUUUUUUUACCUUUUGUAGCCAACUCAAUAUUUUACACAAUUCUGAAUUAAUGUAACAGAUGCAGGGGUGUGAAGGAGUGAGCAAACUCAAGCAGUUUGCAAAAUAGUAAGACAUAGACUUGAGUACAAGUCCGGAAUUUACAGUGAUGCUUGCUGUCCAGAUGCUCCUGACCUAUAAACAGAAAGUUUUUUUGUGAUGUUUAGUGUUUCACUUUUUCUUAGCUGUGAAAACCAACCAACCAACCAAGUAGAAAAGGUUCCAAGUUACAAAGACAUCAGCAGAUUUGGAGCAGAUUUUCUUGAUUUUGAGUGUUUGGACAGGCACCCAAAUCACCAGAAUGUUGCUCCUUGGACAGAAAUCAACAUAUUAAGCUGAAAUCCCAAGCCAACGUUGGGCUGCGUGAACUUUUUGUCAUGCUUAUGAAACCCUUUAAACCGUCCAUUUUCCAAACCACAGUCAUCUGGUGUUCGCGCAAGCUGCAUUUAAUAAAACAUAACUUUGGUGUAAUGUUUUGUCUAUGAACGCAUGUGUCAAGAAACGACUGUUCUCUCAAAAAACAGAUGAAUGAAUGUGAUAAGGACCUUUUUCUCUUGUCUGUUUCUGUCAUCAGGUUAUAAUAAAGAUUUUUUUAAAAAAACAUCAAAUGUUUUGGCCGAAAGGAUCAUAUUGUCAUUCAAUGCUGAAGUAACAAGCUGCUUUUUAGGGUGAAACUAAAUGGUAGCGUGUUAAAGUGUGCCUCGACUGUGGAUCAGUUUAAGCAACAUAAUUUUAUUAGCUAGUCUCCCUUGUUUUGUGUUGGUUUUAAGCAAAAGGUGGAAUCACAGGUACUUAAACUGGAAUGAUUCAUGUUUUUUCAAGAGGAAACGGUUUAUUGUUCAGGGUGUUGUUGAAUAACUAUUUUGAAAGUUUGUCUUUUUUAAGGUACAAGUUCCUAUGUUACUUUUGCAUCUUUUUCAACAUGUAUAAAUUGUGUACUUUUUACUGUCUUUGUAAGCUGUGCUUAUAUGACCCUCUGUGUUUUUUCUCUGUGUGUGUCAAUGAACUGGCCUUCAUGUUGUAUGUUCCAAAGGAGUAUUAGGGCCACACUGAAAAGAGAAAUUGUGAAAUUAUGAGAAAAAGCUGUAAAGUUACAACUCCCACACAAAUUAACGCAACAGUCUGAGACGAACAGCUGCCAUCUUUCCUUCGUGUAAUGCUAUUAAUUAUUCUCAAAACUUUUUUUUGUUGAUGAUUGAACAAAGACAACAAAAGAGGUGUUUUCUUUAUGUUCAGGUCUUUCUCAAGAGCAGACAAAUGUUUUGACAAUCACAUUAAAAGCCCUAUAAAGUGAAUUCAAAGAUUUGUUUCUCAAUACUCGUGCUCAGACUCACUCUCUGAAUCCCGAUUUGGUAUGUACUGUAUGUUGACAGUAACGAAUGACUUCCAGUUAGAAUUGAAUCGUUACUCCUUGUACUGUUCCAAACUAAAGAAAUGUCAUUGUCCAACUAAUACAAAAUCCAAUUAGACUAUUUCAAAACUAUUGAUUGAACAGAAAAGAGAGUACUGUGGCACAGUUUGACUGACGCUUCUCCCUCCGGAAAAUAUGUUCCUUUAGAUAGUUUAAAAUGGCUUACUUUAACCAGGAUCCGUCAUCCGAUGUUGUGCUGUAAAAUGUGUAAAUCCACGCUGGCUGGGACCAGCUGCCUCCUUUUUGAACCAAUUUGAUUUCAUAAAUUUCCAGCUCUGGAAAAGAAUGGAAAAUGGAAAAAUUGUGUGGAAAUAUAUUCAUGUUUCCAAGAAUGUUACAAUAGCUCUAUUUUCUAAAACAAAAUGUUUUUUUAGGAAUCUUGGAAGAGCAGCUACAAUUCUGUUUGUGCGAGACCACGCAGUAUUAUUCCAUGGUCUUGGUGAAUACUUGAUUCUGAUUGGCUCAGAAAAUUCCAUCAAACAUCCCAUCGAAUGUCUCAAGCAGUUCCUGUCAAAACCUAAUUUCAUUGUUCCAAAUAAAUGCGCACCACCCUUUGCCGUUAGAUUAUACGAGCAAACAUAGCAACCUGACACAGUGAGAUUUUCUGAUAAGUAAACAUACUUUACUCUGAUGAUGCAAAUUAGCUCAUUUAAAACAAUAGUGAAUGAUUUAGUCAUUCACUUCAAUUGGUAAUUACAACACCUUUCAUGACUGGGAUGCUGCUGAGGAAGUGAGGCAAAAAUGAAGUGACAGCAGAAUGAGUUAACUCAUUCAGAUUUAAACCAACUCGCAGACAAGAAGGGAUGAAAUCAAUGUAAAGAAAACAACUAAAUUAAAAUGCUGAGACACAUCCUGGCACAAAAACUGACAACUGAGAACUGAACACAUCACUGUUGAUGUUUUGAAUGAUACCCUGCGACACUUUUAAGCCGCCGUCCAGUCAACGAAGACCGACAGAGACUACAGCGUUGCUAGCCUGAUAGCUGGCCUCAACCACACAUAAAUAUACCGAAUGUAUACGUAAUAAGGAAAACUGAUUUUAUCGUCAUACCUGUGGUUGUUAUUUAACAUUGUAAAACUAGAAAAAGUAUUUGCUGGAGUACUGAAUAGCGUUUACAUUCCCUUAGAAAGUUAUGGGAUUGGAAUAGUCAUAGUCAAGCCCUCAGACGUUGCAAGAGAAAAUAAAUUGUUUUAUUACUAUAUUAUUAUAAACAAAGGCCGAAAAUCCAUCUAUCUAUCCAUUUUCUGAGCCGCUUAUCCUCACUAGGGUCGCGGGCGCGCUGGAGCCUAUCCCAGCUGUCAUCGGGCAGGAGGCGGGGUACACCCUGAACUGGUUGCCAGCCAAUCGCAGGGCACAUACAAACAGACAACCAUUCGCACUCACAGUCAUGCCUACGGGCAAUUUAGAGUCUCCAAUUAAUGCAUGUUUUUGGGAUGUGGGAGGAAACCGGAGUGCCCGGAGAAAACCCACGCAGGCACGGGGAGAACAUGCAAACUCCACACAGCCGGGGCCAGGGAUUGAACCCGGGUCCUCAGAACUGUGAGGCUGACGCUCUAACCAGUCGCAGCGCUGCUCAGAAUAAAGUAAGAAGAAUGACAUCCUAAGAUUCGGUCUGAUUCGAGUCUGAAAAUUCUGAUUAGAUGAUCGCAUGAGUCACUACCCAUUCAGGAACAGGCAAACAUGAACUGUGUAGUACUCAAUUGUGGAGGUACUCUAGCGUUAAAGUGUUUUUCACCAUGUCGGUUUUUCUGACUUUUUGGGUGGCGCCCAGUGACACACUUGGGCAUCCGGCAUGAGUCGCUCCUCCCCCACUAUCUAACAACUUGAGCGCCAUCGUUCAAAUCAGUGGUUAUCCCGCUUAAGUGUGUGUUACGUAGUUAUUACUAAGCGUAUUUCUAUCUACCGCUACAGCGUGCAGUUAGCUAGCUGGCUAUGCCUUACAUCUUAUAUCUUGCCUUGAUGGCACAUUUUGCAGAACAGCUCUGUGCCGUUCUUUAAAUUCCCAAGAGAGGAGGCUAAGCCUACGAAAAGUCCACUGCCCGUUCGCCGGCCCAGCGGAGCCCCGGAAACAUGUUAGCUCGCAAGCUAGCUGGUGGCUGGUGCCUUUCGUUGCGGCGUGAAGAGCCCUGCAACGACCCGGUAGGAUGUAUUCCAGCCAGCAGAGGCUUUAAGCAGAUAUAUUUUCACAGCGCAAACAUGUAGGGAUGUGUAGGUAUCAGAAAGAUGCUAGACAAAGUAGUAUUAAUUUUUCAGCGGGGCAUAGUUUCAUGCAUUCAACGUACAAACGCCGUUAGAGAGCGGAGAUAAGGGCUUGAUUUUUGACAAUUUUGAAGCCUCAUUUCAUAGAAUAUAUUUUUUUUUAAUCAUUCAAAUUUGGCAGGGCUGUUCACACUCUUCUAUGUGGUGUGUCAAAUUUACAAAAAAAUAAUAAUCAUCAUUUGUACUUUACGGGGACUUGAAAUCACAUGAUUGUUUGUCAGACUUAAAUGAAAUAAUUAUGCAUAGUUGUUUUUUGGGUUUUUUUGUACAAUUUGUGUCUUCAUAAUAUUUGUGAUAUGCCUUUAUCGACACCCAAAGGAACAAAAAUUAAAAGGUUGUCUUGGCUAAAUCAGGCCGUUUGAGAGGGUGGCCCGGUCUCAUGCAAGUGACAUACUGCUGAAUUGUGAUUAGGGAUUUUGUUACCAUGGCGCCUCGGGGCUGAGCUUGAGGCGACUGUUCUUAAAGCCCUGAAGGUAAAACAACGACUGCAAACUGCUGUGAAGCCAGCACUUCAUCACCAAGCCGACAAAUUGCACUUGUCAAUUACAGUGUUUGUUGUAGUGUUUGACCGCUCUGUGUCCAGACUAAAAAUGAAUGGUGCAUGCCCAAAGCCCCCACUGACCAAUUUAAACAAGUCAACCAUUUUUUUUUACUGUGCGGACAUAAUACUCCUUUGUACUAUGUUACUUUUUUUUAUUUUUUUUUUACUUUUUAAUCAAAAUUCCAUCCUGUAAAGUUCACAAUGUAAUUGUUCUCUGUUGAUGUUAUUGUUUGUGGAACACUUAACUGCAUGAUGCAGAGUAUAAUUAUAUGGCAUUAACAGCUGCACAGGAAAACUGUAAACUCCACCUACCCCUUUUCCAUACAAGAAAUGAUUGUACAAUAUGAUGAUACCACUGACGAAACCAUUGCAUACGAAAAACCAUAACGUGUAAUAAUGAUGUGGCAAUUUUUAAAUUGGGGGCUUGCAUUUGUGUACAGGAGGGCCUCAAAUGCUGUAACACUGUUACCAGCUGUAAAAGUGUAUUUUGUCCUUUGGGGUUUGUUUUUAAGCAUAUUUGUAUGGUCAUUAAGUCGGUGUUCUCAUUUACUUACCUGGAAUUAAAAAAAAAAACAUUUUUUAAAAAGCAAUGCCACUAUUGUGAGACCAGCUGUAGCUUUUUGUAGGGCACGGAACCAUAUUUGAUCACUUCAAUUUGAGGCUGGAUUAGAACCAUGUGAUGUUUUUCACAGAAAGCUUGGAAUAAACCUGAAAAGUUAUAAUUCAAUAAAAUCAAUAACUGCUUGUUAUUAUAAAUAAGAUCAUUUUUAUUAAAAAUAGAGAAAAACAUUGAAGUAGAAAAAUAUUUUGUAUUAGUGUUUCAAUGACUGGCUUUUAAAUCAGUUUCUAAACAUCAGAUUAUUUGUUGUGGCCUUCUCAGGGAUGCUUGACCCAUAUUCAGCUAUUAUUCCAGACAACACUCAGCUAGAACAUCUGUGCUGUAGAAAAAAAAGUACAUAUUGACUCAUAAUCCAAUAAACGUCCAAUUGUCUUUCAUCCUUGAUAUUUGACCCUUUCCUGUGGGUCCAAGCAGCAGGGUUCUGGGGUCGACAACCGCCCUUCAAAGAGGCAGAGGAAACCAGGGAACUGUUAGUUUGGAUCGCUCCGGGAUGGGGGACAAGAGCUCCUUUCACAAGGGGAAACAGUGGAAUGUCUGUAACAGGACGCAAUCACGCGCUGCGUAUAUGUCCUCCUUAGCGGGACAUAGCCGAGGCUGUGAAGACAUUGAAGGAAGAGGAUGCACAUAAGAAUGGAUGGAGAGAUCAUGUGGUUGGUAAUUGGAGCCAGAAGGCAAAACAGCUUUGUUUUCACUUCAUCUGUAAUUUUUGGAGGGUUGAAUGCAUGAAUGCAAGCAAUUUUGAGAACAACCAAAGUGAAAUGCAAUCUGUUAUGAUGGGCCAAAACAUUUUCUUCAUGGGAAAUAGACAUAGAAAUACAGUGGUGCCUUGAGAUACGAGUAACCUGACUUACAAAUGUUUGUAGAUUAAUUUUUUUGCUUUGACUUGCAGGCAAAAUUUGGAAAGAUUUUGGUAGUCAACUCACUCACUUGACAACAAAGUAGCAGUUGGGCACAUAGUCAAAAAUUCUUUAAAAAAUGCUUCAAUCUGUUCAUUGCUGCUCCCAGUUGAAGUAUACUGCCAAUCUCCACUGUCCAAAGUUGUUCAGGGCAGAUAAACUAACGGGUUCUCUGUACACCCUUUGGCGAUUUGGACACAGAGUCGUUUAUUGGUAGGUCGACUGAAAACUAUCACUUCCGUGCAACAUGGAGAAUGGAAUGGGAUAAACAAACACAGGAACUCAAAUAAACAGCCGUGUGUCAACGUGACUGUGUGGGUGUUCUUUUUUUAUUUUUUUUACACCAACUACCACCUAAAAAAAAAUACUUAGCUCUCUUAAGUACCACCAUAGUGACCAACGUAAUGAGUUGUACGGUAAAUGAGAUGGAGAAAAUGGCGGAAAUAACAAUAAAUCCAGUGAC